AUGGCACACAUACUGUUUCUAUCAUGGCUGGUGACUCUUGGGACUUGGGGACUUACAGCUAUCUGUGGCCAAACAAAUGAUCUCCAGCACUAUAAUCAGACCCAGAAAGACAUGGAUAUUGGUUCACUCCGCCGUCGACUCUCCUCUGGUACUCGUCCUUACAGCCUCUCCUUGUCUCCUCAAGACUACCACUAUUCUCCCAAGCCCAAGCAUCUACGUGUUUCCAGACUACUUCGGCUCCUGGGAUCUUCUUUUGACCCUUUCUGGAUGUCUGUGGAGCAACCUGCAGAUAACGGCACAAGUCUACUUUCUACACUCAGUCAGGACAUAUAUGAUGGUGCAAGUCGGUACCGCAAAAAGCUGGCUCAGGAGGCUCAGGCUUUGGAUUUUGAUUCUUUACAACUGCCAACAGAGCUAUCUGCAAACUCUAGCCAGCAUAUCCAGAAUGAGAUUCGGCAGUGGUUGGUGCAGAGGGCCAGCUGCCAUCUCACAUCAUCGUGGGUUGACCUUGGAACGGUUUUCUGGCCAAGAUGGGUAAGACACACAGACUGUGAUGGGGCAAAUACUGUCUGCUCCUGGCCACCUGGCAUGGCAUGCAGACAAGCACAGCUUACACAGAUUAAACUGCUGGCCUGGCAUUGCUGGAUGAAGGACACUGGUUUGGGCUGGGCCACACAGCAAUGUACCUGGAGGCAGGUACCCUACCCAGUAGUGGCAGCAUGCAAGUGUACCUGUAAAUGA